ACCGGGCUGGCCGGUUUCAGACCGGGCCUGUGACCGGGCGGCGACCGGACGAGGCUCCAAGUUCCCUGGAUGGCGCCCGGAUGUCACGAGCGCAAAUCCCGGUUUCUGACCGGGCGGCCCGGUCAGGAGGCCGGUCAGACCGGGCUGUGGACCGGGUGAUCCGGUCAGGCCGGUCUGACCGGGUUCUGGACCGGCCGUCCAUCUUCUCUUCCUUGCGCUCUUCGGGCGACUUCCGGUCCAGCUCCAGGUCCAUCUUCGCGUCCAGCUGCUCCUCUCCUCCUCUUGACCAUGGUGUGUCCUCCUCUUCGUGCUCUUGAUGCUCCUUGUACCUAAUGACACAUAACACGUCGGCAUGAGGUAGCAAUCCAUCCAAAAGGGUACCAAGAUCAAGGGUGGUGAGGAGCGAGUUCACCUCAUCAUGGAGAGCCUUGACUCGGGCUCGUGUCAUCGGUCCACUUGGGGGACUUGUUGGUCUUGGUGUGGAGGUGACCGAAGGCCACCCCGCAUCACAUGAGCAGCUGAGCCCUCUGCCCAUCAACCUGCCUCGCAGCCAGGAGCCGCUGGACGCCCUUCUUUUCUGGUACACCCUAACAGCGGUGGAUCGGUUCAUAUACCCAGAUGUGAAAGCAGUUGCAGGGGAAGCAGCUGACGAGGGCAUCCCCCUGAACCAGGAGCGCCUCAUCUUGACUGAAAUACAGAUCUUUGUCAAGACCCUCACUGGCAAAACCAUCACCAUCAUGGUGAAAAUUUCCGAUUCCAUUGAAAUUCUGAAGUCGAAGAUCCAGGACAAGGAGGGUACCCCCCCGGACUUCCAGCGUCUGAUAUUUUGGGGCAAGCAGCUUGAGGAUGGCCGCACCUUAGCGGACUAUAAUAUCCAGAAGGAAUCCACCCUUCAACUGGCACUUCGCUUGCGAGGCGGCCACAAGGGAAGACCUAGCUCCAGCAGUCAAUCGUCAACACAAAAGAGACCAUACAAGUCCAAUCAUCACUCCUGUACUCCCAGGACUUCUGUGUCAGAUCUCUCAUCUUCAUCAUGUAAAGGAUCCUCAUCAUCUUCAACAUCCUCUGACGAAAGAAGGUCUGUUAGGAAAAAGAGAAGAAACUCUGAAGGUAAAUAUUUCCACCUCACCCUACAAAAGGGUGAGAAGAGUGAAGCUCAGCCACUUGUUGAGAUGGAAAGAUCUAAGAUUAUGUCCAAAUUGGACGUUCCUGGCCAGAAGGUAGUGGCCAAGCACAAGUAUCAGGAAUUCACCAAAAAAGGAAUUCAAAUCAUGAAUGGACUGAAGAAUCUCAUUUUCACCAUGAAGCACAAAAAAGUUUCAUUGAAAGGGGAGUUCUCUUUAAAGAACCUUGUGUGGGUUCCGGGAAGUAAGCAGAUCAAGUUCAGAAAAAUUGAUGAUGAAGACUUUGUAAAAUUCAGGACAGAGCGCGGUGAAAAAGACUGUGAGGCCAUUGCUGAUUGUGUUGAGAGAAUGCUUGACGGAUAUGCUCUGCCAUCAGAACUAAAGCAUUGGCUAUCCCUGCUCAGGGAUGUGCCCUACUCAAGAGAGUACUUGGUUAAGAAUCAUAUGACUUUGAUGUCGUCAAAUGAUAAGCUUCAUCACGUCAUAUUUUUGUUUGGACUUCGUGAGCAAGUCAAGAGUCACAGAACGGUUAUACUGGAAAGAAUGAAGUCGUUGGAAAUAGAAUACAAAACAGGAACUGAAGAGUACAAGGAACUUGCGGCAAAGGAGGCAGAACUGAGAGCCACGCUAGAAGCAAUCCGCAAAGGUGUCCGGUGUGGAAACACUGACACCAACGAUGAUUGGCGACCGAAGGUUCUUGAUAAUGAGUAUUUAUACAAGAUAUUUGCGCACCGACGCGAUGAUUAUGAGGGAGAAGGUGGGGCAAAGAAGUUGGUUGAAUUUGGCAGAAACUGUACCCAACAUCUGAUGAAACAUUCCCUCAAUAAACAUGGCAAAAAGAAUUUUGACUAUGACCAGAUGGCUGGGAUCAUAUCAUAUACCUUUCCGACACUAUUCUAUGAGUUUCAAGAAUCUAUGUAUAAACAAGGAUUAAUGGAUUCCAGCAUAUAAUUAAGCGAAGGAUCGGUCCAUAUACCCAGAUGUGAAGGCAGUUGCAGGGGCAGAAGCAGACGGGCCUCUUCGAAACCAUCGAACUUCAUCCCAGAUUUUAUAGCCUGUGGGGAUUUAUAAGGGCUGAUGAUUCCUUUUUCUCUUGUGGACCCCUUGUACGUUGAGUGAACUCCAAUAUAUACUAGUUUCAGUGGUUGUGUGAGUUAGCUAGGACCGAUGUUUUCGGUCAUGCGGAAAUCGAGUUUUCCAUGCUGUAGAACUGCAGAAACCAAGUUUCAUUGUUUUGUCAGGGUAGAAUGGUUACUAUCUUGCACGCUGACAUUGGUUAUAGGUUCUUCUGACCAAAAUAGUUGUGUUACAGUCUUCAGAAUGAUUGAUACCAGUACAAUCAGGGAACUUUCACUUUUACUAUCUGUUGUAUGUGUUGUUGUUACCAUGUGUGCUAGGAUAAAUUGCCAUAA